AUGCCCCCAAGGAGAUCCCACAAGAAGUCGAGAGCCGGCUGUAGACGAUGCAAAGUCAGGAAAAUCAAGUGCGACGAGGUUCAUCCGCGCUGCGGCAACUGUUCCAAACAUGGUGUCUCAUGCGACUUUGAGCACCCUGGCAUAAGAGACACUCACACGCCCAACGUUACCUCGACCAGUGACGCGACUGCUGCUCCCACCGAACCAUCGCGCCCGGCUUCAUCAUCCGCCUCCGCCUCAGUAUCGGCGCAUUCACCUGUCGCUCACAGCGAAAAAAGCCCGACCGAUGUCAGCGAUACCACGACACCCACCCUUUCUGGGACCACGCCUGUACCGAUAUACAAAACCCCAGAUCCUCCUCCCCUGUCCUCAACGACCACCAAGAAAAACCGAAUGUUGGAGCUGAAACUACUUCAUAACUUCACCACCGUGACCGCGAAAACCCUGUCGGUAUCUUCUCCUGUCCUUGAGAGAAUAUGGCGCGUCACAGUCCCCGAACUGGCUUUUUCAAGUGCCAGUUAUCUGGCUGAUACGCUUCUGGCCGUCUCAGCUCUCCAUUUACGGUCCAGCUCUCCUCACGAUCGGGAGCUUAUACGCGCCAGCCACUCUUACAUGGCAUCUGCCUGCUCCGAGUACGGUGCAUGCCUGAGUAAAGGAGUCACCGAGUCAAAUGCCGAAGCACUGUUUCUCACGUCUGCUUUGAUCGCUUUUCAAUCCACUGCAUCUCGAAUCUUCACGCGAGACGAUGUCAACGACCGAACAAGUGGUUAUUCGUUGCCACUUUCAUGGUUUCAUUCCUUCCAAGGCGUGAAAGCUGUUGUAGCAGCGACUUGGCAAUGGCUUCGUAUUAGUACCAUUGUCAUCCCCAUUAUCGAAUCACAGCCUGCUUUAAACCUCGACCUUUCCGGCCGCCCCGCCUUCUUCAGUGAUCUUCUGGUGGGGGUGGAUGAUGAAAUUGCUAAAUUCGAGAGCGACCCGGCAACACAUCUAGAAACACGAAUGGCAUACCAACAUGCCAUAGCUGUUCUUGAUUGGGCACACAAGAUCCCUUAUACUGGUGCGCCUCUCGUCUUCCUUGCUACUGUAUCACGCCGCUUUAUUGAGCUGCUUGAGGCUAGACGCCCCCGAGCUCUUGCUAUCCUAGCCAGUUAUUUCGCUCUGCUUAAGUGUCUUGACGAUGUAUGGUGGCUCAAAGGCGUCGCUCGGCGUGAAAUUAUGGGCAUUGUUUCUUUGUUUGACCCAGAUGAUGAGGAAUGGUGGCCUCGCCUGCAAUGGCCCUUGCGAAUUGCACUACACGACGAUUCCAUCAUCCCUCCUCAAGUUUGGGGCCGAGACUGGGCUGUCAAGACGACAAGCGCUAAUCCUAGUGGCGGAUUUGUCAGCCACAUUGAACUACUUAGUGACAUGUUCUCUUCUAUGCCACAAAUGAAUGGUGCUACACCCGACCUCGAGCCUGCACAUCAAUACAUCGUGGAGCAGCAUGGCACGAUUAGAGAUAUACUCCUCCCUGAAGGGCUGGAGAUUCUACCAGUUGAUUGA